AUGACGCAUAAAAUCAGCUUGUUGACUGGUGGCUGCAGCGGGGGGUGCGAGGCCGAGAUGUCUGCACUGAAAGGACGCGUGGCGCGACUGGAAAGAGAGAUGUCAGCCCUCAAAGAUAAAUGUCCAUGUUCUGCAAAUUGUCCAAAUGACUGUAGUGGCAAUGGAGAAUGUGAGAAGGGGAAAUGUAUUUGCCAACAGGGAUUCACAGGUCCAGACUGCAGUAAGUGUGCACAAGGAGCUGACUGUAACAGAAGUAAGUUUGAGUCUACACUAUUUGAAUACGGUAGCAUUGCUUGUAACCUCUAUUCUGCAAUUUCAGAAGCCGCCAAAGGAAAGGUCAAGGUAACUGUGGAAACAUUGACACGGCAAAUAUCAAAGAUUCACAGAGUAACUGCAAUUACAGGUCCUGAGCCAGCCACAGAGAUGGUUUUCAGCAAUGUGACAGAGUCCUCCCUCACUGUUUCCUGGUCCAAACCAAAGACCACAUUCUCAGGCUUUAGGGUCACAUACACCAACAUCAUCACAGGGGAGAGCCGCUUUGUGACCUUGGAGUCACAGCAUUCGUAUGUGGUUCUGUCCAAGCUGUCUGCUGGAACCUCCUACAUUAUCACUGUAACUACUACACACAGCAGAGCCCAGAGUGAUGCUAUAACUUCAGUUAUGACAACAGUACCUGCCCCUCCAACACAUCUCCAAGUUGUCAAUGUGACGGAUACCAGAGCUGUGCUGCAAUGGACACCGAGUCUGGGGAAAGUUGACCGCUUCAUCAUCAGCUAUGAAUCCUCCAAGACUCCUAAUGUGACAGUGACAGUGAUGCUGUCUGGAAACUCAGUGGAGCACCAGCUGAGAGGCCUGCAGAGAGGCACCCUGUACACAGUCAAAGUCCUGAGCCAGAAGGACAGUCUGCAGAGCAUGGCCAUCUCAACUACUUUUACUACAGCUCAAGUGGUUAAAGCCAAUGAAGUGGGUGCUCGCUCCGCAGUGAUCACAUGGAGAACUUCCACUGUUGUUUAUUACAGCUACAGGCUGAUCUAUCAGGUGGUAGGAGAGGAGGCAAAGGAGCUGAUCCUGGACCAGUCUAUCACAGAGUAUAAGCUGACAGGGCUGUUGCCAAUGUCACGUUAUAUUGUUCUGGUACAAGGCGAGAGAGAUGGACACUACACAUCUAUUGUCACCACAGAAUUCAUCACAGGCAAACUGCGUUUCCCCUUCCCCACUGAGUGCUCUCAGGAGCUACUGAACGGAGCUCUGGAGUCAGGAGAGGUGGAUAUCUACCCACAAGGAAAAGACGGACAAGCGUUCAGAGUCUACUGUGACAUGGAGACUGAUGGAGGCGGCUGGACAGUGUUCCAGAGGAGGACGAAUGGAAAGAUCGAUUUCUACAGAACCUGGAGUGAAUACAGAGCUGGCUUUGGAAACCUCAGCGAAGACUUCUGGAUUGGAAAUGAGCUUCUUCACAACCUGACCAGUGUCGGCCCUGUGAGUCUCAGAGUGGAUUUGCGAUCUGGUAACGAGACAGCUUACGCUCACUACGCCGACUUCUCCAUUGACUCAGAGGAGAGGCACUAUACUCUGACAGUGUCUGGCUACACCGGAACUGCAGGUGAUUCUAUGAGGUACCAUACUGGACGUCCAUUCUCAACCCGGGACAAGGACGCUGAUCCUCUGGGGAUCCACUGUGCCAGGGCCUACAUGGGAGGCUGGUGGUACAAGAACUGCUACAAGACCAACCUCAACGGUCUUUAUGGCAUCAACAGUAACAACCAGGGAAUAGUCUGGAUAGACUGGAAAGGUAAAGACUCCUCCAUUCCCUUCACCGAGAUGAAGUUCAGACCGUCCAGGUUCUCUCCUGCAACUCAUGGCUAA